AUGGAGUCAGUGAGUGAGGCCACCGAAACGGCCACAGUGCGCGGCCGUAAGGCACAGAAGAAGCAACAGAAAGUUAGUGAAGAUAGCAAAAAUCGACGAUCGACAUCCAUGGAGACGGAUGUAAAUGAAAGACAUCAUCAAACAAGCGACGAACCCGAAAAGUGUUCAAAGCCGAAUGAUGCCAACCCCAAAGAUAGCAGUGAUCGGAAUGCGAUUUUCGAGGAAGAGGAUGAUCGGUUCAGUUUUUCCCUUCGUCUGGAGUUUAAUGCAGCUACGAUGGGACUGUUUUUGCUGUCAUUCCUGACACGCUUCUAUCGGAUCACACACCCACGGGGCGUUGUGUUCGAUGAGAUACAUUUCGGGAAGUUCGUUUCGCUGUACCUCAAAAAUACCUUCUACUUCGAUCAGCAUCCUCCUCUCGGCAAGCUGCUGAUCGCAGGCGCUGCAGGUGCCGUCGGCUACAGUGGGAGCUUCGAGUUCCCAAAAAUCGGCAGCGAAUAUGAUGCGUCGGUGCCCAUACUUGCGUUGCGCUUCGUUCCGGCUCUAUGUGGCAGUCUGCUGGCCCCUGUCGUCUAUUCAAUACUUCGGCAGGUGAGGCUCGGCCAAGGAGUUAGCAUUCUAGGUGGACUCCUUAUUAUUCUGGAUAAUGCUCUGCUGACGCAUUCGCGCUUUAUCCUGAUGGAGUCGAUGCUGUUGUUCUUCGCAGCAGUUGGCAUUCUGACCGUGCUCCGGUUCCUUCAGGCUAAGCCAUUCUCCGUGCGCUGGUGGACGUUGGGAACGAUCGCAUCCGCCUCGCUCACUGCAGCUGUUUGCGUUAAAUUUGUCGGAUUCUACAGCUACCUACUGGCGAUGUACAUCAUGGGACGACACAUCUGGAUGGAGUUACCCGAUCGGCGGAACUCGAACGCUUACAUUCUGUUCAAAGUGAUCGCUAAAGCCGUUUUGAUAGUGAGCGUAUCGUUAGCCGUUUACGUCGGUUGUUUCUAUCUGCAUUUUGCUACGCUCUACAAGGCAGGACCUCACGACAAUGUGAUGACUAGCGCUUUUCAGGCAUCUCUUGAAGGUGGCUUAGCAUCGAUCACGAAGGGUCAACCGUUGCGCGUUCAGCAUGGUUCGCAGAUCACGCUCAAACACACGCACGGACGCGUUUGUUGGUUGCAUUCGCACACCGCCGUGUACCCAAUUAAGUACAAAGAUGGACGUGGCUCGAGUCAUCAGCAGCAGGUAACGUGCUACGGAUUUAAGGACGUCAACAACUGGUGGAUUGUGAAGCGACCCAACAAGGACAGCCUGAUGGUGGAUGACGAACCCGAUUACAUCGAGCACGGUGACGUUAUCCAGCUGGUGCAUGGUGUGACAAGCCGUGCGCUAAACUCACACGAUGUGGCCUCCCCGAUGUCACCGCUCUGCCAGGAAGUGUCCUGCUACAUCGACUACAACAUCUCGAUGCCGGCCAACUUACUGUGGCGCGUGGAGCUGCUGAAUGGGAAGGAAUCCAAGAACAAGUGGCAUGCGAUCACGUCCCAGGUACGAUUGGUGCACGUCAACACUACGGCUGCCCUAAAGUACACCGGCGAACAGCUACCGGACUGGGGUUUCAAUCAGUUUGAGGUGGCAGCUGAUCGUCGUCAGCAGACCAUUGACACUAUUUGGAACGUGGAGGAGCAUCGGUAUACGCAACAUAAAGACAAGAAGGAAGUACUCAGCAAGCUGCUCGCGACCGAGAUGAUACCGACGGAGCCAACGAAGCUGUCGUUUUGGAAUAAGUUCUCUGAGCUGCAGCUGAAGAUGCUGCUGCACGCGGACAAACUCGAGAGCCACAUGUACUCCUCCGAACCGCAUGAGUGGCCACUGAUGGAUAAGGGUAUUGCUUACUGGAUUGCUGGCGAAUCAAAUGCCCAGGUGCAUCUGCUAGGGAACCUUGUCAUCUGGUACUCGGCUACCAUGGCCAUCCUGAUGUACGUAGGGUUCUUGGUGUUCUAUCUCAUCCGUCGGCGACGUGAGGUGUACGAUCUGGAUCCCGUCGAAUGGGAUCGAUUCCGGCUCGGUGGUGAGAUCUUCCUAGCGGGAUAUCUUAUCCACUAUUUGCCGUACUAUUUCGUCGAGAGAACGCUGUUCCUGUACAACUAUCUACCGGCACUUCUGUUCAAGGUGAUGCUGCUCUGUUUUGUGAUUGACCACUGUCAGCUGGCCAUAAGGAAGUUCGUCCAACAGCCGAUGGUGGUGGUGGGCAUCUUCCGGGCAAUAGUGGUCGCAUGGUUUGCCGGUGUGCUGUACUUCUUCCAACGAUACAGCGUGCUUAGCUACGGAACUACGGCUCUAUCUUCAGACGAUGUGCUCGAGCUGCGCCUUAAGGAUACCUGGGAUCUGAUCGUACACAAGCCUUAG